CUGGCUGCUAGAAUGUUCUACGCAUGCGCAGUGUGAAAGCGUGUUUUGGUGUCAAGCGGCGCUCAAUGCUAAGCUAGCCGGGCCAGCUAGCAAUUCUGCAAGUCAUGGUGGGCCAUUCAAUGAGGAAAGGCUGGAGAACGCAAUAUCAGGCUACACAGUGGAACCUUUAAUGAAACGGGACUUUAUUGCUGCUAUUCGGUGGUGGUUGUUGUGUUUGCGGGGCAUGAAUGAAGACCAAAUCAUGCGAAUGGGAAGAUGAAAACCUGCACACACUGGACUCUGUCAGAGUGGAAACCCCAUCUUGGAUAUUAAAUGCCUUUUUAAACACACAGCAUCCUGUUGAAGACCCUCCCCCCCCCCUCUUCUCUUUAACCACUUUUUUUUUAUGCUCAUGCAUCCCCUUCUGUCUUCUUGCACAAGUACAGAAGUAGCGAGCCGAGCUAGGUGGCCCCGUUUUUGUUUUUAUUUUUUACUUCCACCUUUUGUUCCUUUUGUAAAGAAAUGCUUUACCUGAAAAAAUACUUCACAGAGGGCCUGAUUCAGUUCACCAUCCUUCUGAGUCUCAUUGGGGUGCGGGUGGAUGUUGACACCUACCUAAGCAAUCAGCUGCCCCCACUGAGAGAGAUCAUCCUGGGCCCUAGCUCAGCCUACACCCAGACCCAGUUUCACAACCUGCGCAACACCCUGGACGGCUAUGGCAUCCAUCCAAAGAGCGUGGACCUGGACCAGUUCUUUACGACUCGGCGACUGCUGAACCAGGUGCGCCAACUGGAUCGCCUCUCAGUGCCCAGUACUGAGCUCAACACCUGGCUGGUGCAUCGAGACUCUGAGACUGUGGUGUCCACCGGUAGCCAGUCCAGCCCCAGCAUCACCCUGGACAAUGGGGGCGGCCUAGAGGACGUUAACAACCCUGACGCUACCCCGGCCAUGAGGGGAGGAAGCGGAGCACCUGAAUCCACGUACAACCUGAACGCAGCGGACAACAGCCUGGGAGCCGUGGCCCCGGAGGGAAACCAGGAGCAGGGCAGCAGGGACGGCAAUGACGACCUGACCAAAGAGGACAUUGACCUGAUUGACAUCCUAUGGAGACAGGACAUCGACCUCGGUGCAGGAAGAGAAGUGUUCAACUACAGCAACCGCCAGAAGGAGAGCGAGGAGGAGAAGCCCCACCCACAUGAGAACAAAGACGGGAAUGAGGAACAAGAGAGCUGGAGAAACGGAGUGAACUUGCAAGGUGCUCAGCCCGUGGACGGGGAGACGGGAGAGAGUAUUCCAGAGCAGCUUCCAGUUCUUGGCUCACAGACUUCCUUGUCUCUACAAGAAUGCUUGAGGCUUUUAGAGGCCACUUUCCCUUUUGGAGAAGAAUCUGAGUUUCCAGCCCCGGUUGUCACCCCCGAAAGCGUUUCCAAUGAAGAAGUUCCCUCUACGUCUCAGGGCCUCCCUCUGGCACCACCGCUGCCCCCAGAGGAGCCCCAGUUAGACCUGGAGCAGCAGUGGCAAGACAUCAUGGCCAUCAUGGAGCUACAAGCAAUGGAAGUCAACAUCACUUCGCCGCACAGCAACUCCAGCAGUGACAGUGGCACAAGUGGGACAACUGAGUCGAACGCCUCGGGAAACUUUGAAAUCUCUGCCCGCCCGACGCCCGUGAACCAGGAUGUCAGCCUUCAUCAGGCCUCCCUCCCCAGCUGCAGCCAAGACUUCCCCACGAUUUUCAGUCCCCAGUUGGACUCUACCGCCAUCACCCCGAGAACCACCAUGCUCAGACUCUCCUCCAGCAACUCCAGCAACAUCAACUCCACGUUCGGAGCCACUAACUUGACAGGGAUCUUUCUCCCGCCACACAUAAACAGCACCAGUACCAACAUCACAUCCACGCCCAUCCUGCCCGAUCCAUUCAGCAACCUGCUGGAGGAGUCCAUGCUCGACGAGAUCAGCCUGCUGGACCUCGCCAUGGAGGAGGGCUUCAGCCAGGCCCAGGCUUCGCAGCUGGAGGAUGAGCUCGACUCGGAUUCCGGUCUUUCCCUGGACUCCAGCCACAGCCCGGCCUCCCCGAGCAGCUCCGAGACGUCCUGCUCUUCAGCAGCGUCUUCGUCUUCGACGUCUGCCACCUUCUCCGAGGAGGGAGCGGUGGGGUACAGCACCGACUCCGAGGUUACUACUGCGGAGACGGAGGAAGGCGCGGUCGGCGGUUAUCAGUCCGGGCAUAGUAAGCUCUGCCGUAUGAGCUACCAGGACCCCUCCCAGUUCCACGGCCUCCCUCAGCUCGGCAGCAUCGGCCACAAUCACACUUACAACCUGCCGCUCUCCUCCGCCUUCGACGAGCAUCCGGAGCUCCCCAUUUCCACCGGGAAGAAGAGCGUCCGCGACAAACACUCAAAGCUCCAGCCCGCUCAGGAUCUGCUCGACAAGCACGCGAGUCGCGACGAACGCCGAGCACGGGCGAUGAAGAUCCCCUUCACCAACGAGAAGAUCAUCAACCUGCCCGUGGAGGAGUUCAACGAGCUCCUGGCCAAGCACCACCUGAGCGAGGGCCAGCUGGCACUCAUCCGCGACAUCCGCAGGCGUGGCAAGAACAAGAUGGCGGCCCAGAACUGCCGCAAGCGCAAGCUGGACACCAUCAUCAACCUGGAGCAGGGCGUCCAUGACCUGAGGCGCGACAAGGCCCGCCUGCUGAAGGAGAAGAUGGAGUUCAUCCGCUCCAUCCGGCAGAUGAAGCAGAAGAUGCAGAGUCUGUACCAGGAGGUGUUCACUCAGCUCCGGGACGAGGAGGGCCGGCCCUACCCCCCCAGUGAGUACUCGCUCCAGUACAGCGCCGACGGCAGCGUGCUCAUCAUGCCCCGCGGCGUGACGACCGCCGAGCAGAACCGCAAGCCCGAGAAAAAACAAAAAGACAAAAAGAAGUGAGGGGGGUUGGGGAGGGUGGUGCAAACUGCUGUUUAUUCUAUCACUUUGCUAAAUCAAUAAGAAAGAUUUCUGCAGAUGCAAGAGAGAUGUCCCUUUUUCCUUUAAGAAGAUUCUGGUGAGUAGAAAAAUGGCAUUGUUGACUACUCUUCCUGCAUUAGUUUCUCCCCUUUCAUUCUGUUCCUACAUUUUUUUCCCUGGAAACAACUUUGAAGCAGAAGUAGCUCCUCGUUUGAGUACUGAUAUUUCAUUAUUUAGACGGGGGGAGGGGGGGGAAACAGUAAGCGAGGAGACGAGGGACGUGAAAGGACAUAAAAUGAGCUAUUAGGAAAAAAAAUUAGCCGCUCUUGAUCCUUCUGCAUCAAACCGCUGAGGACGGAGAAGAUUCGUAGGGGGAAACGAGGGGACUAGUAACGAGAAAAAGUGGGAGUAAAAGAACACUGUCGACCAGGACGGUUGGGAUACCUAUGCACCGAAAGUUUUAAAGGACAGAUCACACAUCCCACCCCGGAGACGUUUAGUGAUGUUUGUCACUGAGGCUUUUAAGUUGCACAUUUUUAGGCAAAGAACAGCAUCUAUGGUUGUGAGAGUUCAGUUUACCAAAGGCUAAAAGGAAGUCCAUCAUUUUAGGAUGCCAUUAACACCUUUACUAACCAAAGGUCGUGUGGUGCACUUGAUCACCUUAAACGCUCAAAACACUGGACUCCAGUUCUGACGUGGUUUGUGUAUCGCAAGUUCCAGUUUUAUGAGUCGGCCUGUUGGCGGCUUGUCUGAGCGUAGAAAAGGCCCUGAAGAGAUUGAUGUGUGGAGGGAGGAUGUUUGAGACGAGAAAGAGUCAGAGGAUGAGCGUUCCCCGGGCUGGCCGCUGCUAAAAAAAAAAGAGGCCCGGAUGUGAAGUCCUGCAAGAGGAUCAGAUGGAUGUCUUAGGGAGGAGGCACACCGCAUUGCAAAAUGUAUCAACUUCCUUAUAAAUUAUACAUAGCACUGUAAUUUGUCUUUUAAAAGGCUUGGCUAUAUGCAUUUUGCCGUGUCUGUCGCUAUUCCUUCGCUGCAGGUUUAAAUACGGGAGCUGCGUUUAGGAAAAGGCUCUUAUUAACUGUUCAUAAUCUGUAGUAUAAGCAAGGUUAUAGGUCUAGCCACAUCAGCUUUAUGUAAAAGACUACACUCUUUCUGUUUAUUUAUUUUAUGGUUUUUUUAAACGUCACGCUGAGCCUGUAAUCGUAAGAGGAAGUUGCUGUGACGGGCCGGGAGUUGAGGCCGUCACAGAUCAGAGAUAUGCAUCAUUUGGCGUUUUUUUAUUUCCUCUUAGACGCCUCGUUCAAAAGCGCCAAUUUAAAACCGUCUCGCUGUGGUUUAGCGAAAUCCCUUUUAAUUAACUUAUUUGCCAACGUUCCCCAACUGAAAACCACUUGAGGUUGUUUUUUUUAAACUGCUGUAAAGCCGACGUGUUGGCUUAAUUAUUAUGGGUCCUAUGGGAAGUUUUUUGUGUGUCGAUAACAAAGUGAGCCAAGUUGUUACAUGAGAUAAAAAAAAAGUUAUUUGAAUGCGUGAAAUGACAUUGUGUGUGUGUGUGUGUGUGUGUGUGUGUGUGUGUGUGUGUGGCCACUUUAAAUUUGAAAUGCCUUUAUUUCACAAUCUCAUUAUCUCUCACUUUAAAUGUUUUGAGAACUGGAGGGAGACGUUCUCGGAGUAGAAGUGCUAUUACUUGUCUAUCUGAAUGAAGUUUUGUCGGUACGUGUGACAUCGCCCUCUUAAAAACAGAAAAAAAAGUGUCGGUCGUUGCAGCUGCGAUGGCGGUUAGGCUAGAAUAUUAAUGAGAGCAGAACAGAACCCGCAACAUUAAGAUGAUGUCAGAAAAAAAUGUUUUUGGAAAGGAGAAAUGUCCUCAUUAAAUGUGAUAUUCAGGCAUGAAACUCUGGUUAACAUUGACUUCUGUGCGACACCGACUAUUUAGUUCUGCUACUACUUAGAGCACUUUUUUUUUGUCUGUCUUGUUAUGUAAAUAUUUUCAUGUUUGUGUUUGUCAUGAUUUAUGUAGUUUGUCGAAUGUCUCCAUGACGGUCUCGCCCUCUGCUUUCAGUUUGGAUGUAGUUCCCUUCUUGUUUUGAGAUAUUUGCCGGCAAUCAAGAAUUGUUUUUAUUGAUUAAUAAAGUGUUUUUA